CUCCACUUUACACUGCAGCCAAUUCCUCAAAUUCCAGCCUUCUUCCCGCUUCCAGGCACUCAGGCAGAGAUUUCCCACUCAAAACACAACAUUUACCUCACUGUCCCCUCAGACAGUUUCCUCGCUUCAAGACUGGCAGAGCCCCUCAUUUUCCCACCACAGCCAUUCCCAGAUCCUCUGCACCCCAAUCAGUAUCCGCUAAGGCAUCUUGCGCUCUCCUUUCACCACCCUGUCGGCCGAGUGGAUAUCAGCGCCCUCCCCAGGGGGUGCUAGCGAAGAGCUGAACGAGGGUUUGGAUAAGCCACUAGAGAAUGAUGCAGAAGGUGUGUGGAGUCCAGACAUCGAGCAGAGCUUUCAGGAGGCGCUGGCGAUCUAUCCGCCCUGCGGACGACGGAAGAUUAUCCUCUCCGACGAGGGCAAGAUGUACGGACGGAACGAGCUGAUUGCACGGUACAUCAAGCUUCGAACAGGGAAGACACGAACCAGGAAACAGGUGUCCAGUCACAUUCAGGUGUUGGCGCGACGAAAAGCUCGGGAAAUCCAGGUGAAACUCAAGGACCAGGUGGCUAAAGACAAAGCUUUGCAGAGUAUGUCCACCAUGUCAUCUGCCCAGAUCAUCUCCGCCACGGCCUUUCAGAACAAGAUGGCUCUGCAGGGGCUCUCGCGGCCGGCCUACCCGACAGCUGGUGGGUUUUGGCAUGGAGCUCUCGCAGGACAACCUGCAGGUCCUGAAGAUAUCAAGCCCUUUUCCCAACAGAACUUUGUCAUGCAAGCCACCGGCCCGCCAUCUAUAACAGGUUACGAGAGCGCAACAGGACUUUCCAUGACCUCAAAUGCUCCCCCCUGGCAGGGUCGAAGUAUCGCCAGCUCUAAACUGCGCCUGUUGGAGUUCUCUGCUUUUCUAGAGCAACCUCAGGAUCCCGACACUGUCAACAAACAUCUGUUUGUACACAUUGGUCAGUCUAACCCUACGUAUAGUGAUCCGUACUUGGAGGCCGUGGACAUACGGCAAAUUUAUGACAAAUUCCCAGAGAAGAAAGGAGGGCUGAAGGAGCUGUUCGAGAAGGGACCGGUGAACGCUUUCUUUCUCGUAAAGUUCUGGGCAGAUCUUAGUAUUAACCUCCAGGAUGACAGCAGUUUUUUCUAUGGCGUAUCGAGUCAGUAUGAGAGCACAGAGAACAUGAUCAUCACCUCUUCUACUAAGGUCUGCUCGUUCGGGAAACAGGUGGUGGAAAAGGUGGAGACGGAGUACGCACGGUUUGAGAAUGGGAGAUACGUGUUUAGGAUUCAUCGAUCGCCACUGUGCGAAUACAUGAUCAACUUCAUUCACAAACUCAAACAUCUACCAGAGAAAUACAUGAUGAACAGCGUACUUGAAAACUUCACGAUUCUCCAGGUGGUAACCAACAGAGACACUCUAGAAACCCUGCUAUGCAUCGCUUACGUAUUUGAAGUGUCAACCAGUGAGCAUGGAGCACAACAUCAUAUCUACAGACUACUCAAAGACUGAAACUCAGACCACUAUGGCAGGUCAACGCCUGACCUUACCACUACAGAUGCCAUUUAUCCAAUGCCACAGCGCCCCCUAUUGGCCUCAGCCUGACCUUCCUGUGGUUCUGCAAGGGUUGACGGUGGGCAUGGAUGCAAAAGACUUUCUAGUACUACUGUUCGGAGGCACAAGCAGAAAAGCCUUCGCAACUGGAAUCUUCCGGAAUCGGAAAUCUGAAUGUUUGAAUUUUUGUAUAAUGGAACUGUAAUAGAAGGACAAUGCAUGAGAAAGUUCAUUUGUUUUCAUUAUUUCAUCUCAUUUUAGCCAAAAAGUGUUUGUGUUAAGUGUUUGUUAACACAGUUGCAUGCACUGCACAAAAUCACUUUCUAAAUCUUGUUUUCCAGUAACAAUAUCUACACAUCCUUAAAAUAAGAUUUUAGAAGGGUGUUCAGCACUUUUUUAGCUGGUCAGGAUGGCAGACCAUCUUAUUAAACCAUCUAAGACCAGCUUAAACAGGCUUAUACUAGUUUUAGCUAAUGCUGUUUUUGUUUUAUUUUUUUCAGCAGGGUUAAGUCUUAUUAUCUUACAUAAUUUAGCUUGUCAAGGACAUUUAUCUUGUUUUAGGCAUGUUUUUGUUAUUUUUACGGGAAAACAAGACAAAAUAUUAAUUAAAAAAUAUAUAUUUUUUGCGGUGUGGAAAGAACUAGGAGUGUCGGUCACAUACCUGUUCUUCGAUUUUUAACAAACCAAAAUGGACGUCCUUUUUUUCUGGUUCUUUCGGUCACUUUUCCUCAGAUAUCAGGACAAACAUAAAGUCAAACAACAGAUUCAAAUACUGAAUGUGAAGUGUGCAGAUUUACAACAUUGUAUUUAUCAGCGAUAUUCAUGGAUGUCGAACGCAACUUAAAACAGUCUACUGAAAUGGAUUUAAAGGAAUAUUCCAGGUUCAAUACAAGUUAAAGGGUUAGUUCACCCAACAAUGGAAAUUCUAGAUGUGUAUGUCUUUCGUCCUUCUGCA